CUCUGUCUUCAGCUCUGAGGUCAAACCCCUCCCACCUGAAAGAGCUGGACCUGAGCUACAAUCACCCAGGAGACUCUGCAGGGGGACUGCUUUCAGCUGCUCUGGUGGAUCCCACAGAUAAACUGAUGAAGCUGAAUGUGGAUCAUGGUGGAGAGUUCAGGCUGAAACCAGGGCUGAGGAAAUAUGCCUGUCAUCUCACCCUGGACCCAAAUACAGCAAACCCAGACCUGAUACUGUCUGAGGGGAACAGGAAGGUGACAUUGGUGGAGGAGAAGCAGCAUUAUGAAGACCAUCCAGACAGAUUUGACCGUCAUCCCCAAGUUCUCUGCAGAGAAGUCUUAUCUGGAUCUCGUUAUUACUGGGAGAUGGAGAAGGAUGGGGGCAGGGCUGACAUUGGUGUGGUGUACAAAGGAAUGAAGAGGAAGGGAGAGGAGAAGGACAGUUGGAUUGGAGCCAAUAGGAAGUCCUGGAAUUUAUUCUACUAUGAUAGUGUAUAUUACUUUUACCAUGCUGGAGUCGGCAGAUCCAUCUCUGGUCCUUUUUCUGACAGAGUUGGAGUGUAUCUGGACUGGCCAGCUGGUACUUUGUCCUUCUAUAGUGUGUGCUCCUCUGGUACACUGACACACCUUUACACAGAACACACCACAUUCACUGAACCCCUCUAUCCUGGGGUUGGGUUUGGGUUUGGGGUUUAUUCCUCCUCCUCCUCAGUGACCCUGUGUCAGAUAGAUGACCAACACAUUCAAAGCAGAGACCAUGGUGGAGAGUGUUGUAUCAAGCAUGGACCUGAGAACACCAGAGACCAGAUAUGACUCCACACACUGGCUUCCGAUUGAACCCUUGACUUCCACUGUCCAGGGAGUGACAAUGUUCAGGCACAGGACACCCAAAGGGCGUUAUGAGUGCACAGUGUCUGGGCUCCGCUGGGUGUGUGAGAGAGAUGUCAUUCUGAAGUAUCACUUCAGGAACUGGUAUCCCUACAGUCAACUUCUGAAAGACAUGCAGUACGGACAAGGUGGUCCAUUGCUGGACAUCACUAUGGAGUUAGGUGAACUGGAGGAAGUUCAUCUGCCACACUUUGUCUGUUUAGGGACCAACCCUUCCCUGAGGAAUGAGAUGAAGAUUCUUCAUGUAGAGGAACAUGGAGUGUCUGUUGAGGAAGUGCAUGAGGUCACCAGAUUCCAUGCUAAGAUUCUCCAUCCCAGGUUCUCAGCUAUCUCUGUUAUACUGAGCUAUAUCUUUUUUUGGAACGUAGCUGUCCACUGUGACGUGGUCCUCUAUAUGGCAGUAAAAAAGGCAACAGUAAUUUCACGGCUGUACAUGCUCCUCAGAAACUCCAGUCAGAAAGAGGCUGUUCGGGACCGGGAGAAACAUCAGGUGUCCCAAGGAUAUUCAGAAUUGGUCCUGUCAAGUCCAAACGGGUCCUUAAAGCUGAACAGUUGGUUUGCAGUCAAGAAUCCCCAUUCCUCCUCCAUCUAUCCAGAGAAGAUUCAGCUGUUACCUGCAGACACCACACCAAGCUGUUGUAAGAUGGUUAUGAGAAACACAGGGGUUGACAUUGAGAUGGAGUUAAUCGGGGAUGAUGAGAGGACAGUAUGGAAAUCAGUGGUAUCAAAAGAUGAAUACAGCAAAGACUCUCAUCCAAUAGCAUUAACAGUCCCAGACAUUCCUGCUGAGGAGUUUCUGAAGAAACACUGGGCUAAACUAAUUCAGCGAACCAAAAACUCAAUGCCAAUAGCAGAUGAUCUGUGGUCAAAGAACAUGAUUGGUGAAGAAGAGCACUCCAGAAUAACAGCUGAAACAACUGAACAGGACCGAAUGAGAAAACUACUGAAAGCAGUCAUCCCCAAAGGACCAGAAGUGACGGGAGCUUGUCUCAAAGCUCUCGUUGAACAUGAAAACCAUCUUGUUAAGGACUUGAGUGAAUCUAGGUAAGACAGUUUUCAUUGCUCCCUCCCUUGAAUAUGUGUAAUGAUUAAAAUAUAGGUCAAAUAAAAACACAGCUACCAUAGAUCAAAGAGGAACUGUUUUUCCAGAAUGGAAGCAUGUUUUUGUGUUUCUGUCUGUAAUAAAUGACUGUUAUCUUAUUGUAGUUACAUCAUAGGACCAUCAUCACAUCAUUAUCUCAGGUGGAACUCCUCCUUCUCCUCCAUACUUUCUGAUCUC